AUGGCCAGUAAUACAACUUCAAAGCUUUUCUUCCUCACAUUAAUCACAAUUUCAUGUCUCAUAUCGACCGUCCACAUCGUCACCGUCGUUGAUGCAAGGAAUCUGCAGACCACGACAGUGGCGACUGAGGAACAUUCCGGCGCCGGGAACCUGAUGGAUUGUUGGAACGCGGCGUUGGAGCUAAAGUCUUGCACCGACGAGAUCGUUGAGUUCUUCCUUACCCGUACCGGUACGACAGAACCGGCGGUUUCCGGUGGAAUUGACAAAGAUUGUUGCGGAGCCAUCGGGUUGAUCGUGAAAGAGUGUUGGUCCGUUAUGUUUACUUCUUUAGGGCUUACGACUAUGGAAGGGAAUAAUCUUGUAGAGUAUUGUGAUGUUCAGGCGGAGAAACCGGAAUUGUCACCGUCUCCGGCGCCGGAAACUUUGGCUUUGUCUCCCGUUGAAAUUACGGACCCCGGACUUGAUUAA